AUGUACAAAGCAGAGGCCGUCAACCCCUGUGGCUUUCGAGCCGACGGCCGUCUGGUGCACGAGUGUCGCCAGCUGCGCUGCCGUACUUCUGUCCCUCUGGCAGCAACGACUCCGCUUGCUGCUGCCGCUGCUGCUGCUUCUCCCGAAGGCGCAGUCCUUGCAACUGUGGGGGGUUCAGGGUGUCUCACGAGCUGUGACGGACGCGCUGUCGUGUCUCUUGGCUGUACUAAAGUUAUGGCCCUUGUCUAUGGACCGCAGCCGGCCAGCAGCAGCAGCAACAGUGGUAGUAGUAUUAGCAGCAGCAGCAGCUGGAGCGUCAGCAGCAGUGAUACCACGACACUAGCGCUCCAAAUGCUACAGGAGGGGAGGCAGGGGCAGGCAAGGGGGGAUCUUAAUGCCCCCCUUUCAGUGGUUUGUUCUGUAGGGUUUGUCGACAGCUGCAUCAGGCUGAGGUGCAUGUACACCCCAGACACGGCAGAAGUUGCUGCAGCCGUCCGGGCAGCAGCGGAGGGCAUCAUCCUGAGGCGUCUCUACACCCAAACUAAAAUCACUAUCUCUAUCCUAGUCCUCGCAGACGACGGAAGCAUUCUCUCAGCUUCACUUAUCGCCGCCUCUCUGGCGCUGGCAGAUGCGGGCGUUGCCAUGCGGGACUUGUUGCCUGCCUGCACAGUACUGCUCUUGCCGCAGCACCAGCCGCAGCAUCAGCAGCAACAGCAGCAGCACCAGCCCGUGUUGUUGCUAGAUCCAACAAACGAUGAGGCACGCACAGGGGGACCCAGCCUCACCUUGGGCGUCACUGCGCAAACAAACAGUAUUGUGGCGCUGCAACUCAGCGGAAAAGUCGACAAGGAAACGUUCGACAAAAUGUUUGAAAUGUGCUUGAGGGGAUGCUUUGCGGCGGCAGAAUGCAUGAAGGUAGGGCGGCUCUGUCUGGGGCAGACACGCAACUGCCGCAGCCUCAAAGUGGUCAUGUGUCACCAACAAGCUUCCUCACGAGCAUGUCCCAGGGAAACGUUUCAUUUAAUUAUGAUCUAA